CCUCUUGAAGGGUUAAUGGUCCCAUUCCCCGCUGGCAGGACACUAGCUCCUGAGGGAACUAUUCGCAAGCCCCACCACGGCGAGCAUACAUUCCCACAGCACGCCGCCACCCGUAAUAGAGCCGGAAGAUACAAGAGUGGUUAUAACGUCUCAAAUGUCGAAGUGGACCUGUACAAGAGUCCAGAGAAGAGAAGCCAUGGCUGGUAUUUGUCAUUAAUGGCUCCAAAUGAGAAAGGACCAAACUAUGCUUGGCUGGACCCGUCAAGGUUGUACUGCCACCAGCAAGCUUUUCAGGACUGCAUUGAAGAUUUGUUGAAACCCUUUAAGAGUGACCAGAUCGAUCUUGUUGCUGGAAUUGAUGCCAUGGGAUUAAUUUUAGGUGCUGCCAUUGCUGCACAUUUAGAGAGAGGUUUUUUAGCCAUCAGAAAAGCAGGUCACCUGUGUGUGAAAACAUAUAGUCAGCUAUAUGUUGAUUACUCAGAGAAGGAGAAAACGUUGGAGGUUCGGACUGAUGCCAUAAAAGCCGGUUUACGCAUUUUGCUAGUGGAUCAAUGGAUUGAGACAGGAGGAACUAUGCGUGCAGCUAUUAAACUGGUGGAAGAACAAGGCGGGAUUGUUGCAGGUGUUGCUGCCAUCUGUAUUGAGGACAGUGUUGGAGGCAGAUGUGUGAAGGAAAACUACAAAUGUUCAGACUGUGUUCCUGAUGACCUGCGGAGCCAGUUUAAUGGUCAUUAUUUGAAGAGCUUUAAUGCCUUUCAUAACUAAAGGCGUCACAAUGAAGAACAUAUUCAACCUAUUCCUAGAGAAAACAUUGAUUCAUCAUCAUUAUGAGACAAAUGUCAUGCUAAAGCACAAACCUUAAACAUAUUACAUGGUAAUCACAUGUAAAUGUAGGCAGAUAGUUUACAGUGAUACAAAGCUUCCACCAAUCUCAUAUACUGUAGAUCAUAGUCACUUUUACUAAAGAAAGUAGACUAGCUAAAGUAAAUGCCUUAAUAGUUGUGCACAGAGGAUGCCAUCUCGCAUGAAAGCAGGGGCAGACUACAUGGGACAAGAGGUUCUUAUCUGCCAUCAAAUUCUAUGUUUCUAUGUAAUACUGUAUGUUUAAUCAGUGCAAAUUUCUAUAUGAGAUACAGAGGUAAAGUCAUUAAUACAGCAUCUUUUCCGGGUACCCUUAUACCUAUUUAGUAUUCAAUAUGACAGUCCUAUUACCAUGACGCUAUUCUGAGUAAAUUGUGAGUGGGCUCUAAGCUGCUCCUAAGCAGCUGUAUGUACUAUCACAGGACUUCACUUUACUCUCCCCAGGAUGUACAGUAGGUGCUGAAGAGCGGUGUGCAUGUAGUAGGGUACCACUAUUAACAUUAGCAAUGUUUCCAGGACACAUGCAACAAGGAAUCUCUCUAGUCUGAUUAUUUUGCUAAGGGUGGUAUUUCAGGAGAACAGAUUGUGUUAGCCUUAAACACAUUUUAAAAAGGUGUUUUUAAAAUUGUUCUCUAAAUACACUGGUAUUAAUGAGAUACAGGAGGUGCUAGUCCCUAGAAAUCGUUUAUUUAGAAAAUGAUUUACAUAUACUUAGCAUAAUAUUCAGUCUGUUUAUCCCAGAGAGCCCCAUCACUUGCUUCAGUGUUUGGAAUCAGGUUUUUCUUUUUCAUGUGGGCUCGCUGUAGGCUUUGUACCAACAAAGAGGCUGCUAAUAACGUGCAAACAAAAUGACAGCUUAGAUACCCUGCUCUCUGGAAGAGCUCCUGCAUUUUAAAAGGUGCAAAGGUCAACUAGGAAAUAUACAUGAAUAUUAAUAGACAGUAGGGGAGUUUUGCCUCAAUUCUGCGUAUAAGCAAUAAUAUAUUUUACAAUUUAUGUACCCGGGUGAGUGACAAGGUUAGUCAUUAUUGAACUAUCUAUAGCUUGUCUGUUUGGUCACAUACGAACCAGACACAAUCUUUGUCCUUACUUGCAAAACACACUUUUCUGUCAAAGCACAUUUUUAAAUCAGUUUAUAGUAUAUAAGCAUUUAACCCUAUGUUUAACACAUCACACUCUUAACACUUAUUUUCCCCAGGAGGUGAGAUGCAGCAGCAGGCCGCUGAUGGCAUUAGGCCUCACCCUUUGCAGCAUGAUGCCGCAAUUUGCAGGUCUGUGGAGAUGGGGAGGGCCAUAAUGACUUGCUUCUCAGAGAAGAGGGAGUAUGGGCUCCAGUGUCAGAACAAAAAAUGUGGUCCUACAGGGGGUUUCUGAGCACUAUGUGCCGGGCUGCACAAACUUAUUUGGUCUAUGAAGGGUUGAUACAUUUCCCCUUCUGUCUUUUCACUAUACUGUUGCUAAACUUAAUCUCAAGAGUUGGACAGCGAAUCAGAGUGCAGAUUGCUGCGGGGGUGGGGACUGGAAGAGUGCCACUCCAACUGUCAUAGUGAGACCAGAUACUGUAAAUUGGGAAAGAAACACUACUGCAGUAUUUGUCUUGGUGACCCGAUUUCCCCGUUCUGCUUCUUUACAGAAAUCAUGUUGGCCGUGAGUUGUGCAUCAGUGAUAAAAAGGCACAAGUGCUUUUAUACAGGUUACAGAAAUUCUGGUGGCUCUGAAUAUCUGUAAUCAUUUACAGUAAGGGUGUGUGCACACGGUGAGAUAUUUUCUUUCGAUUUUGACUAUAUAUUCAAAAUCGCAAGAAAAGUUAGUGCAGAUCGCAAGGUGAAAGUCACCUUGCGAUCCCGAUGCGCUGUCCCGCCAGGUCGGCAUUGCAAGAAAAGAUAGACUGUGCAGGCAAGUCAAUCCUUGCUAGAUCGGUGUACUAUCUAGUUCAUCUCACAUAAGCCAAAAUCUCACAUAAGCCAAAAUCGUAAGCACACAUAGUCCAUAUCUCAAGAAAAGUUAGUCAAAAUCGGUGGAGCUGGGCUCCGGGGAGUUCAAGGGAAAUCGCAAGUGAAAAUCGGGCAUAGCAAGGAUCUCACCGUGUGUACACACCCUAAGGGUGUGCCAUACUUAUUUACAGUACAUAGGUCUUCUAAAUAAAUACUGAUGUGAUGACCUCAGAGUUCACUCAUUAUAAGCUACUUCAUCUGCGCUCACUAUUUAUACAGGUAUUAUUUCCAGUUGCCAUCAACUGUGCAUGAUAGACAUAUAUAAAUUCAUGAGGUCAUUAGUGAUUUUGAAUGGUUGAUGAUAGGUAACUUUUAAAUCCGGAUUGUCGAGUUGGAUAGACAAACUGCAUUUUUCCUUGUCAUGCUUGACCUUAAUUGACUAUUACUUUUAUGUAUGUUACAAAAUCAUGACAUUUGUACGUUCUUGAACAGUCUGGAAAUCACUAUUAUUAUUAUAUAUAUUAUU